AUGGAAAACGAAACUAAAGCAAAGUGAGUUAGACGAACUUUGAAAAUACUUACUUAUUCAUUAUUUCAGAGAGAAUCAUGAUGGUCAAACUGAAGGCGGUGAACCGAAGACCAAAACUAAAGCUUCGAAAGGACUUGGGAAGAGGCGAUCGAAAACACCUGGGACUGAAGGUCCGGAAGCUCUUGAAUUGUCAAAUCCGAAUGAUGAGGGAAGUGGGAAGAAGAAGAAUACGAAGGGGAAGAAGAAAUCGAAAGUGGAGGUUGGAAAUCGGUAGGUUUCCCCGAAAAAAAAUAAAAAGAAAACAACGAGACUCCGCGUUGACGUUGCCUGCGCGCGCGGUUUGAAUUUGUGUUUUUUUUUCAGCGGGCUUUCAUAUUUUGGCGAAUUCUUAUCGAAAAGAGCUGAAUUUUUUCAUCGAACUAGACUAUAGUUAAACUAGGCUAAAUCUAGGAAUUUUGACAAGGAAUUCCUAGUUUUUUAUUGCAAUUCCGGUCAAAAACUCAAAAAAGAACAAUUUCCAUAGAAAUUUUAGUUUUCUGUUGGAAAUAUCGGUUAAUACUUUCUCAAUUUUAUUUUUUCAUCCUCAAAAAUUAGUUUUUUUCAUGCAAAUUUUCAUUUUCAUCGAAAAAAAAAAGAAAAGAAAACAACGAGACUCCGCGUUGACACCUGCGCGCGGUUUGAAUUUGUGUUUUUUUUUUCAGCGGGCUUCGGGUUUUUCGGGUUUUUCAUCGAACUAGACUAUAGUUAAACUAAACUAAAUAUUUUCCAGCGAUGAAAUGGCGUGUCACGAUCCAACUGCAACAACUCCGAUCAAAAAGAAGGAGAAAAAAGAGAAAGAUACGAAGAAAAAGAAGAAAAAGGCUGGAUUCUUUCAAGAACUCUUCUUCGGAAAAGCGAGCAAUGAAAAGAAAUCAAAAUCGCAUACAAAAUUGACGCCGGAUAUGAUGACUGCUCGCUCGCCAGCUCCAAAAGACAAAAAAGAGCACGAAAAGAGCAAUGAGAAAAUAAAGGAGGCUGAUCCAAUGACUCAACCAUUAACUCUUCCAGCAUUGACACUUAUCCCAAGUAACACAACAUCUGGAACAACAUCGCCAAUGCCGGAAGAAAAGGAAAUGGAGAAUUCGGAUGUGUUCAGAGUUUUAGCCGAAAAUAUUUUGUUGAUUGAGAAGAAUCAGGGGCUCAGCAAAUAUUUCCAACAGAAUAUCAUGAAGAUUUCGGCAAAAGGUUCGAAUUAUUAUCAAGCGAGUCCAGCGAAUCGCGCGCGAAAUCGUAACCCCGAUAUUUUCUGCGUUGAUAAUAGUCGUGUGAAGUUGAAAACAUCGGAAACAGAUCGUGAUUAUAUUCAUGCGAAUCAUAUCAGAUUUGAGACAUUGAAACGUGGUUAUAUCGCAACACAACAUCCACUUUCAACAACUAUUGAUGAUUUUUGGAAUAUGGUUUAUAAUCAGGAAGUUGAAGUGGUUAUUAAUUUGACAAAUUCGACUGGAAAUCCAGAUGAAUUUCCAAUUUAUUACCCAAAAGAAAAAGAAUCUUUCAUGAAUUGUGGUCAAAAUUUUGUAUCUUGUAAAAAUGUAAAGCCACCUAAAUUCAAAUAUGCGCCAACCGAAUAUAAAUUGGAAGUUUUGCCAAAUGGCUGCUCACAGAGUAAUUUUGUAUCAUUGUUUGAGUAUUCGUGUUGGGGCAAGUAUUUGGUUCCGUCGAGUCCUAAAGUUGUUGUGUCGCUGAUUAAAUCGAUUUUGAAGAUUGCGGUGAGCUAAUCAAUUCGCAAGAGAAAAAUAAAAAAAAUUCAAAAAACGCGGACAACACACACAUACACCGCGACGCACAAUUGCACACAAAAAUUAUUCAAAAAAUUUUUUUUUUCUUUUUCAGAAAACCAAUGCUCCAAUCGUUAUUCAAUGUGAAACUGGUGUAAAUCAAUCAGCGGUGGUGAUUUUUGUCGACGCAAUUCUUCAACAUCUCGCAGAAAAUAAUAACCCGAAUGUAAAUUUCGCCCCAUUUUUCUUCAAUUUUCUUCCAAACUUCCAUGUUUCAUUUUCCAGAUUGAAACCAUCAUUCAAGAAUUGCGCAACCAACGAAGCUCCACAAUGACGCAACGUGUACAAUUUCUGUCUGCGAUUCAUGUGAUCUUGGUUUUUAUCAAAGUUCGAAUUGGAAAUUUGAAACUUUACGCGGAAACUGUCACGAAAAUCAAUGAAUUGGAAACGUCUUUGAUUGCGGAAAUGGCGAAUUCAAUGUCGACAGAAGUUUCGAAAACAACAGUUGAGUCGCCACGUUUUGAACAAAUGUGAGAGAGGUAAAAAUUAGGUAUGAAUAAAUUUUUAAUGAAUCGACGUGUAACUGGAGAAUGUGAUCUGAAUUUUUGGUGAUUUCUUGAAAAUCAGAAAAAUUUUGAAAGAAAGUGCAACUGAUUUUGUGGAUUCGAUUCGAAGUUAGUUUAUAUAUUUAUUCAGAUAGUUUAAGUAUGCAUACACAGUUCUGAGAGAUCCAGAAUAGCCUUCGAAGUUUUUUGAACCCUCACAUUGAUCAACUUGUUCUUCAUUUCCCGAAUGAUAAAGCAAAGAAAACUUGUUCAUCAUGAUAUUUUUUUUACCAAGACACUUGCAAAUGUCCUUGAAGUCAUCUUGGUUUCGUAAAUAUUUUCUAGACGGUCAAAAACUCGAUGAAAAAUAUUCGGAAAAACUUCUGAAUUUUCCGGAAACACCCACAAUCUCCGAUUAUUUGCUGAUAAAAUAUCGAAAAUUUGUAGCUGUUCUUAUUCCAUUUUUCUUGGUUCAGGUUGGACAUUUUUUGUUGGAAUUUCAGAUUCAAAAAAGUUCAGGCAAUAUGGUGGUCGUGCGCUUUUCGCUACAAUAUUUUCCCAAUGUUUGCGGAUUAUUGGCAUAUGCCGGUGACGAUGAUUUUGGGAUCGCUGAUCGCUGGAAUGACGGCUGAAGGUGCGUCUGCGGUGUCGUUUCCAGUGAUGACUUUGAUGUUGCAUUUGUCGCCGAAGAUUGCGAGGGAUUUUGCGAUUAUGAUUCAGAGUGUUGGUGAGUUCAGAGGUAAAAAAAAGAAAAAAAAGUUGUGCGCCGGGUGGGGGUCGAACCCUGGUGCUGCAAAAGCGGCUUGUGCGCUCGGCACGCGCGCUAACCACUCGGCCACUCGGCUGCUUUUUUCUGCUGUCGAAAUUUUCAUAUUUAUAAUGAGCGCCUUUUCUAGGUAUGACAUCUGCUCUAGUUUGCAUUGUAUUCAUGAAGGUUAAGCUGGAAUCUCGAACUAUGAUUUUUUCGUGUCUCGGAGCGAUUCCAGGAUUCAUUUUUGGGAUUCAUUUUGUAAGUUUUCACUAGAUCUUUAGCAAAUCCAGAAGAUUUUUCCUCCCAGUUCGACCCAUUUUUCACGGGUUCCGAAAAAAAGAUGAUGUUUGUCUCGAUUUGGUCAGCCUUCGCAUUCGCUCUCGCCCUCGUAAAUUCACAAAAGAAGCGCUCAACUUUCACGGAAAUUCAGGAUUUUUCAACGGGCAAGGCUGUAAUCCUGGUUUUUACCGGUUUUAUUGGCGGGAUUUUCAAUUCGUUUGCUGGAAGUGGAAUUGAUAUUUGUGUGUUUUCGGUGGCGACACUGUAUUUUAGGGUGAAUGAGAAGAUUUCAACUCCAACUACGACUAUUCUAAAAGGUACGGUUUUUGUGUUGCACUGGCCGAAUUUAUAACUUUUUUUCGGCCACCCGAAAUUGUUCGGCCACGAAAAUUUCGAAAAAAAUAUAUAUGUGGCCGAAUAAUUUGGGUGGCCGAGGAUUGUCGGGAAUUCGGCCACAAACCAAAAAACAAUGAUUUUCGAAACAUUAGAGCGAGUUUUUUGCAUUGGCCGAGUUUCCGACAUUUCUCGGCCAUCCGAAAUUGUUCAGCCACGAAAAUUUCGAAAAAAAAAUAUAUGGCCGAAUAAUUUGGGUGGCCGAGGAUUGUCGGGAAUUCGGCCUCGUCUUGAUUUUCGAAACAUUAGAGCGUGUUUGUUGCGCUGGCCGAGUUCCCGACAUUUCUCGGCCACCCGAAAUUGUUCAGCCACGAAAAUUUCGAAAAAAAAUAUAUUGCCGAAUAAUUUGGGUGGCCGAGGAUUGUCGGGAGUUCGGCCACAAACCAAGAAACAAUGAUUUUCGAAACAUUAGAGCGAGUUUUUUGCAUUGGCCGAGUUUCCGACAUUUCUCGGCCACCCAAAUACUUCGGCCACAUAUUUUUUAAAAUUCCUCCAAAUUUCAGGAAUAAUGUCAGUGUUCGGAUUCUAUUAUCGAGCAGUUCUUCAAGCCGACAUCUCCCCACUCUCCUGGAAAUAUUUCAUUUGUAGUGCACCUGUCGCCUCAUUAACAGCUCCAAUUGGCUCAUUUCUCGGCUCACAUUUACAUCGACAAAUUAUCGCAGCGCUGAUUUAUAUCAUUGAAAUUGUUUCGUUGAUUGGAUUUUAUGCGUCGCAGCCGAAAUUGGGGCUUGUUUUUGGCUCGAUUGUUAUCAUGAUUUUUGGAUUUUUGAUUUUCUAUGUGAUUUCGAAGAUGGGGGAGAGGAAUUUGAUUGAACGAGAUUUGGAAUCGAAAAUUGAGGAGAUGGAAGAUUGUUGUUGAAAAAUGUUUUUGAAUGAAUUGAAAAAAACAUUACUUCGUCGGUCGCGUGCGGUUGUGCGUCGCGCCAACCGCGACGCACAACCGCACGCGUCUGACAAACCAAGGUUUUUUUUUUGAAAAAACGUUUCCUUGUGAAUAGAAGCGUGUCACUUGCAGGUGAAAAAUACUUGUGUCCAAUUUUCACAUAUGGAUUUGUAUUUAGCUACCAAUUACACGACUUGUGAAAAAUUCACAUUUCUAGAAACCAAGGAGUUUUUGGUGACAUCUCUUCACAUUUCCUCGUUGCUCACAGUUCCCUCAACGAUUUAUUGUAUCUAUUUAAUUAUGCGAAUCACACCGAAUAAAAUGAGAAAUGUCAAAACUGUAUUACUACAUAUUCAAUUAGCGUAAGAAGAAGGAUUUAAGCAAUUUUCAGUUCAAGAAAAAAAUAUUUCUUAAAAUUCCAGAAGUUUUUUGCUGGAUAUCAUGAUUAAUAGUUUGGGCUCACCGGUUUUAUAUUUGCCAGCUCCAGUUGUUUCAAUACACGGGAUUUUUGGAUGGUUAGGAGUUUCUAUUAAAUUCACAGCAUUCUUUGGACAAUAUUGUGUUUAUUGUGAGUAGUUAAGGGCCCUACCUUCACAGUUAAGGACCCUACCUUCACAGUUAAGGGCCCUACCUUCACAGUUAAAGGCCCUAUCUCCACAGUUAAAGGCCCUAUCUCCACAGUUAAAGGCCCUACUUCCACAGUUAAGGGCCCUACCUUCACAGUUAAUGACCCUACCUUCACAGUUAAGGGCCCUACCUUCACAGUUAAGGGCCCUACCUCCACAGUUAAGGGCCCUACCUUCACAGUUAAUGACCCUACCUUCACAGUUAAGGGUCCUACCUUCACAGUUGAGUUCACGAUAAAAUAUGUGUGCGAUAGAGCGAGCUUGCAACACCAUGAUAAAAAAAUUUUUUAAAAUUUUUUUUGCAUAAGUGAAUUUUUUUUACAGUGAUUGGGAUGUCUGUAAUCGCAUUAUUCCAAAAUCGACACAGUGCAAUCGCAUCAAUCCGCUUCCGCUUCGAAUCCAAAAUCUAUCUUUGCAUUUACUAUGCCUUCGGUUAUUUGAGCGGCGCUAUCGUGUUAAGCCUUUAUUUUUGGGAAGAUACAAUGACCGAUGAGAAUAAAUUGAAAUAUUUGGAGACCUAUAAAUGCCCGCCAAUCGAAUAUUUUUCCAAAAAUGCUGGUGUUCUCACAACCAACCUCGAACUCGUCGAAAUAUGUUUAGUAUCUUUGAUCUUAUAUAUUUGCCUAAACGCCUUCUAUUUUUCAAUAUCAACAGGUUAUCACCUAGUUUUCACCAAUUCUUCAAGUGUCUCCGAAAAGACUCGUAAACUACAAUUGCAAUUUUUAUCAAUGUUAAUUAUUCAAAUCACAAUUCCAUUUAUUGCUUUAGUUCUUCCAACUUCCAUUAUGAUCAUAACAUUUUUAACCGGGAUUAUUAGCCAAAAAAUCAAUAAUUUUACGAUGAUAUUAUACGCAACGCAUGGGAUAUUCUCGAAUUUUUCACUUAUUUUCUGCCACAAACCAUAUCGCGAUCAUUUGUUUAGGAUUAAAACCAAAGUUGCGUCGAGAACUAUAAGUACUGUUCUGGUAACAGAGGCACUUUAG